AUGGCCGCCUUCCCGCCCCCUCCGGUCAACUCGAUCGACUGGUCCAACGUCGGCUUCAAGGUCCGCGAGGUCAACGGCCACAUCGAGUCCCGCUACUCGGUCAAGACGGGCCAGUGGUCCCCGCUGCAGUUCGUCGCCGACCCCUUCAUCCGCAUCCACGGCAUGGCCCCGGCCCUCAACUACGGCCAGCAGGCCUACGAGGGCCUCAAGGCCUUCCGCGCCCCCGGCGACAAGGCCAUCACCGUCUUCCGCCCCGACCGCAACGCCCUCCGCAUGCAGCACUCGGCCGAGUUCAUCUCCUGCCCCCCCGUCCCCACCGACCUCUUCCUCGACGCCUGCCGCGCCGCCGUCUCCCUCAACGCCGGCUUCGUCCCCCCCCACGACACCGGCGCCGCCAUGUACAUCCGCCCCCAGAUCUACGGCUCCUCCGCCCAGCUCGGCCUCAACCCCCCCGACGAGUACAUGUUCUGCGUCUACGUCGUGCCCACCGGCGUCUACCACGGCACCCACCCCGUCAACGCCCUCAUCCUCGACGACUUUGACCGCGCCGCCCCCAACGGCACCGGCAGCGCCAAGGUCGGCGGCAACUACGCCCCCGUCCUGCGCUGGAGCGACAGGGCCCGCAACGACGGCUACGGCAUCACCCUGCACCUCGACAGCGCCACCCACACCGAGGUCGACGAGUUCAGCACCAGCGGCUUCAUCGGCGCCCUCGUCGACGCCGACCGCGUCACCCUCGUCGUGCCCGACUCCAAAGCCGUCAUCGACAGCGUCACCAGCGACAGCAUACAGCAGAUUGCCAAGAGCUUCGGCUGGAAGGUCGAGAAGCGCCAGAUCAAGUACAGCGAGCUCGUCAACUUCACCGAGGUCAUGGCCGCCGGCACCGCCGCCGCCCUCGUCCCCAUCCGCUCCAUCACCCGCCGCAUCGACCACUCCUCCCCGACCUCCCUCGCCGCCACCGUCAAGCAGCACCCUCGCCUCGAGGUCUCCGUCGGCCAAGAGACCGUCACCUACAUCCCCAAGACCCAGGAGGAUGCCGGCCCCGUCUGCCUCAGGCUGCUGACCCAGCUCAAGGGCAUCCAGCUCGGCAAGGUCCAGGACACCUUCGGCUGGAACUUUGCCGUCUCGGAGCACGACGGCACCAAGGUCGUCGGCGAGCAGGCCCAGGGAGAGACCAACGGCCAGACAGUUGACCAGAUGGAUUAG